AUGAAGGGGUUUUCUAUUUCUUCCGGAUACAACAUAUGUCCUAGUUUUUGCCAUGUCCUGCCAUUCUUCUCAAAUUCAUUCAACUUGGCUGUUUUUAUCCCUCCCAGGGACCUCCUUCUUCCAGAGCACUCCUUCUGCAGUGGUUCUUAUUUGGAGGCGCGAGCUGGAGUCAACUCGACUGCCUCUCUUCUGACUCGUCUUUGUGCCGGACUCUCCACAACCUCAUUCAACAGACAAAUCGCCUUUACCACUGGCUCAUUGCCCUACGCUUCUUCCGCAUUCUUGUCACGCCGGGCCGAGGAUGCCCCAAUUACAUCUGCCCAUCGGUUGGAUCUCGACAGAUCGACCAAUUUAUGGCUAAGAUUCCGCUCAGAAUCUGGAACAACUAGUCGAUUCCGUUUGGAAUACAACAAAGGUUAA